AUGAACUGGAAGCUUCUUCGCAGCAUUGCAACGGACAUCGGAACCAGAAACAGAUCAUACUACACCAGCAGGACCAAGAAACCGAGUCUCUACUCCAAAAUCAGCCCCCUCGGAAACCCAACCACAAGCGUCGUUCCUCAGCUCGACGAUUGGGUCUUCAAUGGAAACAAAGUCAGUGUCGGUGAGCUUCAGCGCAUCGUUCGUGAUCUUCGCAAGCGUAGUAGGUUCACUCAAGCUCUCCAGGUAUCUGAGUGGAUGAAUAAGAAUGGUGUGUGCAUAUUUUCUCCAGUUGAACAUGCUGUGCAUUUGGAUCUUAUUGGUAAGGUUCAUGGAUUUGUUUCUGCAGAAACCUAUUUUAAUAGCUUGAAGAAACAAGACAGAAAUGAGAAGACAUAUGGUGCUCUUUUGAAUUGCUAUGUACGCCAGCGCCAUGUUGAUAAGUCACUAUUGCAUUUGAAGAAAAUGAAGGAGUUGGGGUUCGCAUCGUCGCCUCUAACUUACAAUAACAUUAUGUGUCUAUACACAAAUAUCGGACAGCAUGAGAAUGUUGCUGGUGUGCUGUCUGAGAUGAAGGAAAACCAUGUCUUACCAGACAAUUUUAGUUAUAGGAUUUGUAUAAAUUCUUAUGGUGUGAGGUCUGAUAUUGAAGGAGUGAAGAUGAUAUUGAAAGAGAUGGAGAAUCAACCACACAUUGUGAUGGACUGGAACACUUAUUCUGUUGUGGCUAAUUUCUAUAUAAAAGCAGGGCUUUCGGGCGAGGCAAUUGCUGCUCUAAGCAAAUGCGAGGCGAGGCUAGAGGACAAAGAUGGAGAGGGUUACAACCAUCUUAUCUCACUUUAUGCUCGUCUAGGUAAAAAGAAUGAGGUUUUAAGACUAUGGGAGAUGGAGAAAAAUGCUUGCAAGAGGUGCAUAAACAGGGACUAUAUAACCAUGUUAGAAUCUCUGGUAAAGCUUGAGGAGUUUGAUGAAGCUGAGAAAAUACUCAAAGAAUGGGAAUCCUCUGGUAACUGUUAUGAUUUGGGAGUUCCUAAUGUCGUAAUUGUUGGGUACUCUGAAAAAGAUUUUCUUGAGAGAGCAGAAGCCAUACUUGAAGAUUUACGGAACAAGGGGAAGGCCACAAAUCCAAACACUUGGACUUUAGUCACAAGUCGAUACUUGCAUAAGGGUGAGAUAGAGAAAGCAUUUGGGUGCUUGAAAAUUGCGGUGUCUUUGUAUUUGGAAAAUAAAAAAUGGAAACCUAACCCUAGGGUGAUUGCGGCUCUACAUAGUUGGAUUGGUGAUAAUGCUUGUGUUGAAGAUGCAGAAGCUUUGGUGAGCUUAUUGGAAAAUGUCCAAAAGAAUAUACACAUGUAUCAUGCCCUAAUUAAGGCAUACGUACGAGCUGAUAAAGAAGUGGAUGGGGUCUUGGACCGCAUGAAAAAAGAUAACAUUAAGGAAACCAAAAAAACUAUAGAAAUUAUCAACACGAGGAUGGCAGAAAAUUUGUAA